CUUCAAAUAUCACAAUUCGGAGCUGUCGACACUAUUUUUCGGCGAUUCGAAGACGCCGGGGAUAGCCACCAAUUGGACCAAUUACCUAACAGACCGGCCGGCCAAAUAUCCUCCUACGACACGGAAGAAGGGAGGAUCCAUAUAACAAAAUGAGCCGGUCACUACUGCGCUCCGUCCUGGAGCUUCGCACGCCUAUAACACGCCUCCCACCAACCUUCCUCCUCCCGAUCCACGUCCGCAGCCUCGCGACGACAGCAGCAAGACGCAAUAUCGAGCCAACAACGCCUCCGAGCGCAACACCCACGCAACCCACCGUACCCCCCAUAACACCCUCCAAGCCGUCCCCCGCCCCCUCAGCAUCCCCCUCUCAGUCCCAAGCCCACUCCCCCGCAGGAACGACAUCGAGCUCCGUAACAGAACUCUUCCCGCUGCUGCGCGCGCAGCCCGCGCACUACAUCACCAUCCACAUCCACGGCCGGCCGUACCUAGUCACGGAAGGCGACCGCAUCCGCCUGCCUUUCCUGAUGCACGAGGUCCUGCCGGGCGACGUGCUGCGCCUGGACCGCGCGUCGACGCUCGGAUCCCGGGAUUACACGCUUCUCGGCAGUCCGCACAUCGACCCCUCGCUGUUCGAGUGCCGCGCCACUGUCCUCGGCGUCGAGUCCGAGCCCAUGCGCAUCAAAAUCAAGACGAAGCGCCGGAACCGCCGCUCUCGCCGCGUCGCGAGUAAGCACCGGUAUACCAUCUUGAGGAUUAGCGAGCUUAAGCUACUUGGGCCUCCCUAAGGGUGUCUGUGGUGAUGUGAGGGGUGAAAAUAAAGGGGAAGAAUCGGUUAUCCGUUCUGCUACCUAUGCGACUGUAUUUGUCGUGAGAAUACAACCGUGGAGAGAAUACUAUGAGUCCAGGUCAGUCGGUGGUGGCCUUCAUGUAUGUAACACUUACGAAAUGGGCUUGCAAAAUAUCCGACAAGCUCCAUGUAUAAAACAUGAAUUCAAACAUCAGGAAAAGCAAUAUACUAGGUCCUGAGACUAAUGCACACAUAAGAGAUGGAAACAUGCCCACUCGAACCACAUGUUCACUUAUACCAGUAACACAUCGCAGAAAGACUAGAAGCAAUAAAAUUAAA